AUUAAAUUAUAAUAUUAAAUAAAAUAUCUAUAUAUAUAUAUAUAUAUGUAUACAUAUAUGUGAAAACAAAAAAUAUGAAAAUUUUUAAAAAUUUAUUAAAGUAUUUAAUUUUUAUUACAAUUUGUAUAAUUAAUAAUUGUUGUUAUUUUGUAAAAUGUCAUCAUUCUUCAUCUGGUAUUUAUUAUGACAAUGGUAUUGAUCGUACAAUAUUACAUCGAUAUUUGGAUAAAUAUGAAAUGAAUCGUGUUGAAAAUGAUAUUAUGAAUCUUAUUGGUUUACCAUCAAAAAGAAAUCCCGGUCAUUUAAUGUCAUUAAGAAACUCUGCACCUCAAUUUUUACUUAAUGUUUAUGAUAAAUUAAUGAAUAAAGAGAAUAGUGUAUAUUUUCGACGAUCAAAAAGGGAAGUUUUUCCCGAUAACACGAAUUUAAUAACUGAUAUUGAUGAGAAAGCAUUCCGGAAAUCUGAUAUUAUAAUGGCAUUUUUACAUAAAGAUCAUCAUAUAGCUGAAGUACGACAUGAGCACGGACGUAAAUUAUGGUUUGAUGUAUCAGAAGUAUCACGAGAUGCAAUUUUAAUGAUGGCUGAAUUAAGAAUAUUUCAAAAUUCAAAACUUGGCAAUUUGAAUGGAUUAAAAAAACAUAUUAUAAUUACAGUUUAUUCAAUUGUUAAAGCUGAUGGACAAAAAGAAUUAGAAAUUGUUUCUUCUGUUAAUACUACAACCGAAUAUCAUGGAUGGCUUGAAAUGAAUGUUACAGAUGUAUUAGAUAAAUGGUUAAAAAAUCCAAAAGAAAAUAAUGGUUUAUAUAUAAGUGCACAUGAAGAUGGCAGACCAAGGCAUGAAAUUAAACUUUCUGAUAUUGGAUAUGUUAAUGUACAUGGUGAUGAAGAAUAUCAAACUUUUUUAGUUGGAUAUUUUAAAGGACCAGAGAUUAAUAAAAUCCCAAGAAGUCUUCAUCGGAUUAAACGUGAUUCUUUUAGUUAUAAACCAAAAAAUCCAUUUUCAAAUAUUGGCCGACAACAGGAUUUACAUACAGAAAGAGAAUGUAAAUUACAUUUUUUACAUGUAUCCUUCGAUGAGCUUCCAAGUGCUGAUAAUAUAAUUGCACCGGAAGGUUAUGAAGCAUACUAUUGUAAAGGAGAAUGUGUUUUUCCAUUAAAUGCACAUAUGAAUGCAACAAGCCAUGCAAUUGUUCAAGCUCUAGUACAUUUAAUGGUUGGUGGAGUACCAAAACCCUUAUGUGCACCAUUAAAAUUAGGAGCAAUUCAAAUUUUAUACUUUGUUGAUGAUAGUAAUGUAGUUUUAAAAAAAGUUAAUAAUAUGGUUGUUAAAAGAUGUGGUUGUCAAUAAAAAAAAUAUGUAAAAGAAUAUUAAAAUGCACUGAUAUAAAAAUAGACAAUAAAAAUAAUUAAAAAUGUUGUGGCAAUUUCCUGACAGAAAUUUUUCUGACUAUUGCCGGUAUUUAGUUGCAUCUCGGAUCAAAAAACCACAAAG